UUAUUUAAUUUUGAACGCGGAAAGUGUAGCACAACGCAAAAACAGAUUUUACGAUUGUAAGUCGCGUUUUUGCGACAGUAUCAAUUUUGAUUGGUCAAGAUUUGUGGACACAAGUGCAGAACUCGCCAAUCGAUUUCACGUGCAUCUUAAAUUACAUAUUUAUAUUACUUUAACCUUUAUCUUAUCUUUUAUCCAUACCGUAGAGUAUUCGUUAGUACUCAGCGUGCUAGGGAUUCGAGUAUAUUUAACAAGAAUAUCACGUUAUUAUUAGCGAAAUGGAGGCACUUAUAAGUUUCCUGGAGCAGCAUAUUUUGGGAACAAUUUUGUGCAUGAUAUGGAUAUUAACUUUCUGGAAUUACUAUUUGAGCUUCCGUCAGAGAACACUUUUGCAGCGGCUGGUUGAUUUACCAAAAUCAGUUGAGGGUUUAAUGACAAAAGAUGUGUAUGAUAAGGCUCGUGCAUACGCAUUGCAUAAAAAUAUCUUUGACGUUGUACAGGAAAUAUAUUCAAAGAUUUAUAAUACAGUGAUUCUGCUAUGCUUUGGUUAUUAUUAUAUCUGGGAAUGGAGCAUUCAAAUAGCUAAAUUCUGUGGUAUUAAUCAUGAAAAUGAUAUAUUGCUAAGUGCGAUAUGUUUAUUCAUCAUAAAUGUAUUUUUCCAUGUAUUUAAUCUGCCAAUAACGAUAUAUGAUAUUUUUGUUUUGGAAGAGAAACAUGGCUUUAAUAAACAAACGGUUACAUUUUUUAUCAAGGACGAGAUUAAAAAGUUUAUUGUAUCUCAAAUCAUCACUGUACCUCUUCUGUGCGGUAUGAUUUGGAUUGUGAAGAAUGGUGGAGAUUACUUCUUUUGGUAUUUAUGGAUAUUAUCUGUAGUAUUCUCACUGUUCAUGAUGAUCCUCUAUCCUGAAGUAAUUGCGCCAUUAUUCGACAAAUAUUCGCCAUUACCUGACGGUGAACUGAAGCGGGAGAUUGAAAAAUUGGCAGCUUCUUUAAAGUUUCCUUUAUAUAAGCUGUUUAUUGUCGAGGGCUCCAAGAGAUCAUCGCACAGUAAUGCCUACCUGUAUGGUUUUUACAAACAUAAGAGGAUCGUUCUAUUCGACACACUCAUCAAGGGUUAUUGCAAAAAAGACGAUAAUGAUUCUAACAAAGAUAAUGAUUAUAAUAAAGGUUGUGAGACAAACGAAAUACUGGCGGUACUUGCACACGAAUUGGGUCAUUGGAAACACAAUCAUACUCUGAAAGGAUUUUUACUCAGCCAGAUAUUGUUUGUAACCAAUAUUGUUAUAUUUGCCAAACUCUUGGACUAUACACCAAUGUACAACGCUUUUGGUUUUAUGGACUCUAAGCCCAUUAUCAUCGGCUUAAUUAUAGUAACAAUGUUUAUUUUAAUACCACUGAACACGAUCUUUAGUGUUAUUAGCGUUGUUAUCAGCCGAAGAUUUGAAUUUCAGGCGGAUAAUUUCGCCACUAAAUUAGGCCAUGGCGAUGCUCUAAAGGCGGCUCUGCUAAAAUUACAAAAGGAUAAUUUGGGAUACCCUAUAUAUGAUAAAUUAUAUUCUAGUUGGUACCAUUCGCAUCCACCUACGCUCGAACGAUUGGAAGCAAUAGAUAAAAGUAAAUAAGAAAGUCUACCCGAUUUUCAUACUUCUAUUGUUUGCAAACGUAAAAGACGAAGCCUAAAGUUUUUAUCGAACAUGUAUAAUGGUUCUUCAAGUUAUUUUAUAUGUGAUGCAUUUUUUUUCUUUUUAAUUCUGCUAUGCAGUUGAGCGGAUCUGCUCCAGUUGUGCGAAACAUUAGUCCAAGAUAAUUAUGCUUCCUAUUUAUUGUCAUAAUAUUAAUGAGAUUCGAUAGUUCUUAUUUCAAUAUGCAUUUCUCUUUUACAAUCUGUUCCAAUUAGAAUAAGAAUUUCUGAUAAAGCUUCA